UAUCGUGUUCAUGAUCUGAACUCAAAACAUUGGGUGUACAAUUAAAUAAUUCUCUAGACAGAAAACAGAAACCCCCGAUGAAAUUUCAUGGAGAAGUCUGGAUGGGAGAGAUUUGUGAGGGACAAUGCCUUGGGAGACCAUGAGUUUCUUACCUUCAAUAACAAAGGAGAGAUGCGCUUUACAGUGCAAGGAGAUGAUCCAACCUCCACAGCCAAUAACCUUCUUGGCUUCUUAUUAAGAUUUGCUAUUCUGAUUAGUAUAAAACAGUGAACUUGACAAUGGCAUUAGUUGAUUUACACGUUUGAUGAUGGAAACAGGUCGCAUUAAAACAGAACAAGAAAGAUGUAGUAGUCUUGCCCCGACAAUAACAGCUGAAUAUAAUGGAGGAGGAAACUACAAAAGGAAGCUCAACUUUGGGAUGCGGAAGGCUAAGGAAUCCCAAAAUUCCAAGAGGACCGAGAACGACGCCAGCGUCCGAAGAGAUUCUGCCGGUGCUUCUUCGUCUUCUGCUGCAGAGUUCAUCAUCAUCAUCAAGCGAUCAGACCUCAUAUUCAUGGUAUAUUGAGGAUGCCGAGUUCUAUUCAAGAGAAUCUUAUGCCGGAGGAGAGAAAGAUUUUCAAGAAACAUCACCCAAAUAUGAAGAAGUCAUGGGAUGUGGUUUACUUGGUAUCAGAGACGGAAGCAAGCUUCUCUGGUGGAUGGAAACGUUUGGCACUUAAGUAUCCUCUAGCAGUUCGAGACACUUGCAUAUUUACAUUCCUCAAACCAGAAGAGCUGAUUCUCUCUGUCUCAAAACCGUAAGAGGAGACUCACUAGUGAUGAUGGAUGUGAACGUGUCUUGAAAGACUGUUUAUAAGCGUUGCCUUGAAUUUUAUGUUAGGUUUUUUAAGUUGGUAUCUGAACUUAAACCGAAUGUAUUAUCAGAUGGAUCUCUGACUCUCUGUAGCUUGAUAUGUUUCGGACCAAUUUUAGUAUGUUCUGUUUGUUGUUUCCGUUGG